GGCGCUGCUCUUGACUCCGCCCACCAGGGGGCAGCUACGGCUGGGGGCGGGGCUUCCCUCACAGCCUGUCCUGGCAUUUGCCAUGGACCCUCUCAGCCCUCGGGGAAAGACCUGAUCCUCCACCAACCGAUCCUUCAAAGGAAAGGAAAGCCCCUCUCCCCUCCCUCCCAAUGCAAUCCCAGCCCAGUUCGUCUCAGGCGAUGGACAAACCCGUCAAGGGCAUUCUGAAGAGGAGCCGCAGACGCACAGAGGAGGAGAGUCAAAAGAAAUCACAGAAAUGGGAUGAGAUGAACAUAAUUGCUACCUACAAGCCUGCGGAAAAGGAUUAUGGGCUCAUGACCAUCGACGAAGUUAAAACUCCUUUCAGGUACAACAUUGACGAUGAGGCAGGAAGCAGCUCGGGACCUGCUUUCUCUGUGGAUGAACUGAGAACAAGGAUGAAUUCUCUGACCACAAACAAAGGCAAGCAUCAGCAAGUGAAGACGAAGAACGUGGACAGUGACAAGGAUGAUCUUCAGCUGGUUGAGAAAGAAGGCAAACGGCAGUUUGAGCAAAGACGGAAGCAGAUAUAUGACGAGGGUCGGAACAUUAAGCGUGCACGGGAACUGAUUGCUCGCGAGCAGCUGGAUGACAAUGACGAUUCCGACUCCGAUCACGAUGAGAGUUAUCAUUACAGAGAAAUGGAUGAGCAUCACACACUCCCAGAUGGCUGAGUUCCUCCUGCAUUUUGUGAGUCGCUCCAGAUUCCAGUGUCUGCUAUCAAAAGUGCCUCCUGGUUUCACCUCCUCAGUCUGUUCAGUCACAAAGGCAAAGAAAACAAUUAUAAAAAACUCUCAUGUCUACUCAUCCUCACACAUAAACUCUCUUUCUCACACUGUCAUGAGCCUGUGCAUCUGAGUGGUGAGCCUUUUCUAGACCACCCCUAUUUGUUCCUUAUUGUUUUAUCUGGAGUCAUUAAGCCCUUGUGCUUUCUGUUUGAUCUUGUCAAGUUUAUUUUGACUGGCACCGGUUUUCAGCGAACUCUGAUUAUUUAAAGCGGACUCCCAAUUAGCACUUAUCAUCGGGUCUUUGGGUUGAGAAUGAUUCAUCUUGCAGUGUUGCUCAGUUCAGCCACCAAUGUUCUGUGGGAAUUCCUAU